AUGACGGUUGACACUGGAUUACCGCCUCGCUAUGAAAUCCGGACUCUCGGUAUGGAGCAUCUAGACUGGUGCAAGGCCUUGAUAAUGCAUAGUAAUGUAUUCGGGUCGCCAAUCUGGGCAAUUGUAUACCCCGAGAAUAAGACACAUCGCCUCUACGAGACUUAUCACGCCAUUGAUUACUUGGUCAGACACCAGCUCGAGUCUGGCCUUUCCCUAGGCAUAAUUGACAAGGAAUAUGUCUACAAGAAGCCCGAGUCUGCAGCUACAGGUGGAAGGCUGUAUUGGGAUUUGAAAAACGAAAAUGUGGAAGAAGAUGAGUUGCUCGAGCAAAUGGACUUUCCACUCGUCUCUGUGGCUCUAGCAUAUGAUGGGUUCAACAAGCUGGACCAUGCCCGUAUCGAGCCUUUGAUUGCAACCCUGCCGCCCUUUGGCGUCAUGUACGCCGUGCUUGCAGAGAGAGACCCGAGGGAUCCAGACUCGUGGCAGCCGAAAGUGCCUGGUCAGGUCUUGAUGCGAAACGCCACGGCAACCAAGCUUGACGAGGAGAGUCACGGCUUCAUGAAGAUCCUUGCCCGCUACAUGAUGCACAAGGCUGCUAGCGAGGGUUUUCGGGGAAUACAGAUAGAAACAGCCCACGAUGCGGUUUCCCACGUCUGGGGCAAGCCACCUAGCCCUUUCGUCGGACACCGUGUUUCCGAGCUGAAUAGCGAUUAUGCUCUCAAGGAUGAAAACGGCAAUACGAGUUAUCCAUUCUAUCCGGCCAAACAGGAUAUGGUCAAGAUCUAUGUUGAUUUGAAGCCUUGA